AUGGAUUCAGACACUGCAGCUGAGGAAGAUUUUGAAAUCGGCAUCAAUUCCGAUAUCGAUUUAUCUGACGUGGAUAGUGUAUGGGAGGAAGAACAAGAGGAUCCAAAAGAAAAUGACAUUGUUAGCGCGGAAGAAGAGUUGGAGGAUAUAGCACUGAGCCAUUCACAAGCGUGGUACGAAUCAAAAACAGGAAGCAGUAAACAGUUGCCGAGUGAAGUAGGAAGCACAACCAAAUUGAAGAAAAAGUGUAUCCGAUCAAAGAAAACCGUCAAAGUUCUAAAAAAACCUAAAAUACGAGAAGAGAACCAAGGUCGUCGAAUUGUUAUGGACUUGGUACAACCUUUUCUGGAUCAGGGAAGAGAAGUAGUAGUUGACAACUUUUUUUCCUCAGUAGAUUUGGCAGAAAAACUACUUGAGAGGAAAACUUACUUGACAGGAACUCUGCGUAAAAAUAAAAGAGAAAUCCCGUUAGCAUUUUUGCCUUCAAAAUCUCGCAAAGAGCAUUCAUCUUUAAUUGGGCACAAAAAACGGUUAACAUUAACCUCAUACGUACCCAAAAAGCACAAAGCUGUUCUUGUGCUGUCCAGUAAUCCUCAUAUUCGAGGCAUAUCUUUCUCUGAAAAACAUAAACCAAAUAUUGUAUUGCAUUACAAUGCUUCAAAAGCAGGAGUUGAUACUUUAGAUCAGGUCACAAGAGACACGUCAUGUGCCAGAAUCACGUAUCGUUGGCCUGUGCGAUUAUUUUGGGAUAUUCUUGAUAUUGCUCUGUAUAAUUCGUACAUUAUUUUCAUUACCAAAUAUCCUGACUGGAACAAAAAUAAUUCUGGCAGACGAACGCUAUUUAUAAAAUAUGCAUCUUAUUUUAUGGUAGAAGAUUUCGUUACUCAGAGAUUCGAAAAAUCUGUUGCUGGUGGAAUACCACUUGAAUGUCAAGAUGACAUGCACAUGUUAUUGCAGCACAUCGAUGAAGUACGACGAAAUCUGCCAGGAUACUCACAAAAUGCUGAAAAUGACGCUCAGAGUUCUGCAAACCCUCCUGAAAAUCGUAUUUCUUGUGCAAUAUGUAGCAAUCGUCGCAAAUCUACAACCCUCUCAUGUGAAACGUGCAAACAGUAUUAUUGCCAAAAACAUCGAUGGGAAAAGAAAAUAAUCAGCUGUAUAAAAGACUGCUCAUCAGAUCGUAGAACACACGCCAAAAAAUCUAGGAAGACUGUUUGCGAGUGCGGAAAACGAAGUACAGUAACAUGUGUGAAUUGUAGCUUAUGUAUUUGUUCAAUCCACAGGAAAACAGAAGUGCAAUAUUUUUGUAAAAAUUGCUAUGUGGCUUGAACGGAAAUGUAUUUGGUGCAUUAUUAUUUGUUUUUAUCAGGACUGAAUGAUAAAUAAAAAUUUAAACAAACUAAACAAAAGCCACAAAUCAAUUGGUCUGAAUGAAUGAAAUAAAAAUUGGGGUAGGCUAGGGGUUAGGAGUUAUUUAUCUUUUAAUAGUUUAAACUAUUGGGGCAUAAAAAAAUAAAAUUAAACAUUUGACUUCCAAACCAGCUUCUACAACAGUUUGGUAAAAGCGUAACU